CAGUUACCACUAUAUCCCAAUUGGAUUAAAAAAACUUGCUAGGAAGACCAUCCAAUCUGGGAGAUUUAUAAGGGUCAAUCUGAAAAAUUGCAGCCUUAAUUUCCUCCCCAGACAUGGGUCUACACAGAUUUAUAUUUUGCUGAUCAGAAAUGCAAGAUGAGAUAUGCUCAAGAUAAUUAUCAACACAGAAACGUUAUCAAACGGGUUUUCAUGAUGUCACAUAUACGAGAUCGAUAUUGUUCUCGUCUCUGAAGAUAUUUUGCUAAGCCACUGGUUUCCGCUUAAUCAUACAAGUACUCUCUCUCUCUCUCUCUCACUGUUAACACAUUUCAUGAGAUUAGGGUUUCUAAUCAAAUUCUCAGAGAGGGAGAGAGCGAGAGAGAGAUAGGGAGAAAUCAGAAAUGGCGAAGGGAGAAGAGGUUAGUAACAAACAGGUUCUAUUGAAAGAUUACGUUGUUGGGUUUCCGAAAGAAACAGACAUGGUUCACAACACUGGAACCAUCAAGUUGAAGGCUCCCGAGGGAUCAGAAGCGAUUGUAGUGAAGAAUCUCUGCUUAUCUUGUGAUCCUUACAUGAGAAUACGUAUGACGAAGCCCGAUAAGCCCAGCUAUUUUCCUCCUUUCACUCCUGGCUCUGCCAUUACUGGUUAUGGUGUGGCUAAAGUGGUGGAUUCUACUUCUCCAAAGUUCAAGGAAGGUGACCUGGUGUGGGGGAUGAUUGGAUGGGAGGAGUAUAGCGUGAUUACAAUGCUAGACUCCCUGUUUAAAAUUGAACACACAGAUGUACCGCUUUCCUACUAUACAGGAAUACUUUGGAUGCCUGGUAUGACUGCUUAUGCUGGUUUUUAUGAGGUGUGCUCUCCUAAGAAAGGAGAAACUGUGUUCAUAUCGGCGGCAGCUGGUGCAGUUGGCCAACUUGUAGGACAGUUUGCCAAGUUAUUAGGCUGUUUUGUGGUUGGAAGUGCUGGAAGCAAAGAAAAGGUUGAUCUGUUGAAAAACAAGUUAGGAUUUGAUGAGGCUUUCAAUUAUAAAGAAGAGAAUGACUUGGAUGCUGCUUUAAGAAGGUACUUUCCUGAAGGCAUAGACAUUUACUUUGAAAAUGUUGGUGGGAAGAUGCUUGAUGCAGUCCUUCUCAACAUGAAAGUUCGUGGCCGCAUUUCUGUGUGUGGGAUGAUCUCUCAGUACAACCUAGAAAAGCCAGAGGGUGUGCAAAAUUUGUUCUGCCUUAUUAGUAAGCAGAUUCGCAUGGAAGGGUUCACGGUUUUCAGCUACUAUCACCUUUACAACAAGUUCCUUGAUUUCAUUAUACCGAUUAUCAAAGAAGGGAAGGUAGCUUAUGUAGAAGAUAUCGCAGAAGGCCUUGAUAAAGCACCUGGAGGUCUAGUUGGACUCUUCAGUGGCCGCAAUGUUGGGAAACAGGUUGUAGUGGUUGCUCGGGACUGAAUACUGCUUUUUGUAAUUUCAUAUGUCCCUAAUGUAUUAUAUGGAGGACUUAGGUAGACAUGGCUUCAAUAUACAAUUAUAAGGUGUGUUGAGUGAUCUAUUAAUUUAUUAGAAAGUAGAUGUUAGUAGAGAUUAUAUAUGUAUCAUCAUAUCAUACUAUUAUAUAAAUGUAUGCAUUCAUGUUUUGUGGUUAA